AUGCGAGCCAUGAUGCUGACCUUGGCUCUGGCGGCGCUGGGGUUCGCCCAAGUACGGGCGGCGAAUCUGGCAGUUGUCCGCGUCUUCUCUACGGACGAGGAGGUGAUGCUGCUGAAUUCCAGUAGCGACCUCUGGGCUACGUCCAGCGCCAUGCCAUGCGCCGCCAAAUCCACCACGAGUGAGAUUGAUCUCAUCCUAGUCUACAGCAAAGACCUCGCGACCGACGUCAUGGCAAGCCAGGUCGUCGCGGAUCUCGAAACAACCUUCAUGAAUAAUGCGUCGGCCUGGGUCCAGUGCUUCAGGAACAUCAAGAACAUGUCAGCGAAGCUCAACCCCGAGCAAGAUGUGUACGACAGCAACGGGUACACCACGAACAAGCACUGGGUAUCUGGUCCCAACACUGUCUUCAAGAGCAUCAUGGAUGCCCUGAUGACUGGCCCUUACAUGGGCAUGUACGAUUCCUUCUUCCUGAUGGAGAUGGACGCCGUUCCCAUCAAGGCCAACUGGCUCGAUCAAUUCGAGAUGGAGGCCUUGGAGAUGCCGGGGGGCAACAUGGCCGUGCGGGGCAGCCAGUACCUAGGUGACAAGUGGGACCUGUUCAAGCACAUGAUGCCCGACUACUUGGUCGACCACAUCAACGGCAACGCCAUCUACAAUCUCAAGAACAACUGGACCCAGUAUUUGGUCAAUGCUUUCUCCACGCAGGGCACCACGAACAUGAUGGAAGAAAUGGCCUUUGAUGUGGCUUUCGCCAUGAUUACCAUGGCUGCAGAGUCCGGAGCCGAUCCGACGUUUUCUGCUGCGUGGACGAAUGUCAUGGGCACCAACACGACUUACAAUCCGAAUUCCAUGCUCGUGGGCAACUACGCCAACACACUGCUGAACACCAGCUACGAGUUCCCGACCUACAUCCGCCAUGGCUCCAACAAGAACCUGUUCGAGAACUUGCCGGAUGACAACGUGACGUUGGUCGUGGCCUGGUUCGACUACCAGGGCCACUUCCUGGAAACGGUGCCCACGCAUCACCCCUUCAAGAAGAUCAUGGGCCUCGCGUACUACGAACAGGCGAUGAACUCAAUGGAAAUUAUUGCCCCAGGUGGCAAUGUCACACUGACGAUGAAGAAGGCCUCAUCUCAGCCGUUCUACCACCUCUGCGAGGCUGCCAAGUCGGUGGACACCAAAUGGUUCGCACUCACUGACAACUACCACAUUGUCAAAGCACCAGUGAGCGUGCUCAUGGAGACGAUGGACAAACCCGUGCUGCCCUACGUCCUGAAGGACUCCAGGUACUGCGGUGAGCGACCCAACUGCAAGGCUUCCAUGGAGCAGGCAGAAGAUCUGUUCGGCAUCGUCUUGAACUAUCACCAUGACAAGUAUGAGGUUCUGUACAAGACCGCCGAUGCCCUUGCCUUUUGCGAUGCUUGGGAUGUCGCCACGACCGGCAAGGAUUGGAGCAACUGCAGCCUUGCCUUCGGCCCGACAGCAGACGACUACAUCGCUUGGAAGAUUAGUUCUCCGACAUUCAACGUGAGUGACGAGUUCACCCCCAAGGACAAGACGCGUUACGGCUGGAGAGCCUGGACCAGCUUGUGGAAUCCGGCGCCGGUGGACGACCGCAACUGUGACACAACGCUCUACGGCAUCAAGGAGUACCUCGAGACACUCGGCAAUAUCUCCACCUGUGCUGUCGACUAUGCUGCUCGGCCCGAUGUGGGUGGAGAACGAGACGGCCUGCGUCGGCGAUUCCUCGUGCAUGUGGAGGUUGGGAUCCGGUUGAGUUUUUGGUUGAAGGCUUCUGUGGAUUUGCCUUUGCAGCUCCAUCAUGCUUUCAUUACCAUCGUCACCACCAUCGUCACCACCGUCGUCGCAGUGCGAGCACGAGGAGCCGUUUUCAAUGUCAUCGAAGUCACGAUGCCGAUGACCGUUGACAAUGUGACCGAACUCAUCAACGAUGCCUGGGCCCCCGGUCGUGAGGUCCAUGCAGGUGACACGGGUAGCCAAGACAGCUUUUGCUAUGACGACAAGCUCAUACUAUCCAGAGAUUUUGCCAGCGAGGUUACCGUGACCACUGCCAUGCGGGUCUUUGAAGUGAAGAUGGCCAACCCAGAUUUGGCUGCAGAGACACUUGGCUGCAGGGAGCCCCUCCAGUUGCUGGAGACGGUCGAGAGUCAGGUUUGUGGGAAGUGUCAGGAGUGGGGUGUCUGCAGGAAGCAGGUUGCGAUCGAGACGUUCUCUGUGGCUGACACAAACCGGGUCACCGGCAAGUCGUCCACGCUGGUCCCGGUGACAACCACAACCACGACAGUGGCCCUCUCAGCUAGGGAUGCAAGGCUCAAGGUGCUGGUGCUUCUAAACAUGAUGGUUGUCAUGGCGAGGGUCAUGAUCCUCGUGAUGGGUGGUGGCGUGACAAAGAUGCUGAGCGGGAGCGAUGGUGAUGAUCAUGGAGAGGACAAGAUGCAGACCUUGGUGGAGGCCGCUGUUUCUGAUGUUGAGGGCGAGGCCGAGACGUUAGGUUGGAUGGCUAUCAUUGCCAAGGUCGAAACGAAUGUUUGGGUUGCUCGGGUGCAGGUCUGGGCCGGAGGCCAUGGACACGAGCACUUGGCGGUGGUCCGAGUGUUCUCUACCGAUGAAGAGGUGAUGCUGCUGAACGGGAGCAAAAUGCAUUGGGACACGGUGGUACCCUGCACGACGAAGUCGAAUAUGAGUGCCAUCGACCUAAUCUUGGUCUACAGCAAGGACCUGGCCAGCAAUUCCAUGGCUAACGAGGUCGUCAUGGAUAUCGUGAACGGCUUCCAGAUGAAGAUGGACAUGGAGAUGUAUGGUUCAACGAAUGUGACAAUGGGCACGAUGUACGAUUGGAUGGAGUGCUUCUCGGCCAUCAAGAGCAUGUCGGCCAUGCUGAACCCGGAGCAAGACGUCUACGACAGCAAUGGCUACACCACGAACAAGCACUGGGUCUCUGGCCCCAACCACGUUUUCAAGAACGUCUUGGAUGCCAUGUUCACGGGCGCGUACAUGGGCAUGUACGACUCCUUCUUCCUCAUGGAGAUGGAUGCGGUCCCUAUCAAGGACAACUGGCUCGACCAGUUCGAGAUGGAGGCGCAUGAGGUUCAUGACAGCAACCAGGCGGUGCGUGGCAGCCAAUACCUAGGCGACAAGUGGGAUCUGUUCAAGCACCAGAUGCCAGUGUACCUGGUCGACCACAUCAACGGCAACGCCAUCUACAACCUGAAGCACCCCUGGACCAAGUAUUUGUACGACACCUUCACGAUGGUGGGGGAUGCGAGCAUGAUGGAAGAAAUGGCCUUCGACGUCGCUUUUGCCAUGAUCACGAUGGCUGCCAUGGCGGGGGAUCCCAUGUAUUCUACAAACUGGACCGGCGACAACAUGACUUACAACACGCACACCAUGCUCGUGGGCAACUACGCCAACACCCUCCUGAAUACGAGCUACGAGUUCGGAACCUACAUCCGUCACGGCUCCGGCAAGAAUCUCUUCGAGAACUUGGAUGACGACGACGUCACGUUGGGAGUUGCGUACUUCGAUCACCAGGGCCACUUCAUGGAGACUGUUCCAACGCACCAUCCCUUCAAGAAGAUCCUGGGCAUUACCUACUUCGAUCAGCCCAACUCUACCCAGACGAUUUCCGCCCCGGGCGGCGAUGUCACCAUGAUGAUGCAGAAGGCCAUGGAUCCCCCUUACUACCACCUCUGCGAGAUUGCCAAGUUGGCGGACACCGAGUGGUUUGCCCUCACUGACAACUACCACAUCGUGAAGGCUCCUGUGAGCGUCCUCAUGGAUGAGAGCGGUGAGAUGAAGAAGCCAGUGCUGCCGUACGUCCUGAAGGACUCCAAGUACUGUGGCGAGCGUCCGAACUGCAAGGCCUCCAUGGAGCAGGCCGAGGAUCUCUUCAGCAUUAACUUGAACUACCACCACGACAAGUACGAGGUGCUGUACAAGACCGCUGAUGCAAGGAUGUUCUGCGCCGAUUGGGACGAGGCCACCAAGGACAAGAGCUGGGGCAACUGCAGCCUGGCCUUCGGCCCCACUGCGGACGACUACAUUGCUUGGAAGAUCAGCUCGCCAAAUUACAACAUCUCUGAUGAGUUCACCCCGAAGGACAAGACGCGCUACGGCUGGAGAGCCUGGACUAGCUUGUGGAAUCCAGCUCCGGUCGAUGACCGCAUGUGCGACACGACUUUGUACGGUGUCAAGGAGUAUCUUGAGACGCUCGGCAACAUCUCGUCCUGCGCCGUUGACUAUGUUGAGAACGCUUCGGGCUGCAUGGCGUCUACCCACUGCAUGUGGAGGCCCAUGUUCGAGUCCGGUGUCUGCCUGCUGAAUCCGAUGAGUGUCAUGCCGACGACCACUACCCAGGGAGCGGUCUUCAGCGUCGUCGAGACCACUCUGGAGCUCACGGUGGCAGACGCUCAGGCGGUCAUCGACGAUGCUGCCUUGAACACUGCCAUGAGGACGCAGUUUGCGGCUUUGGUGGACGUGACCGUGGACAAGGUGAUGUUGGAGUUCCAGACAUCCCGACGCCUCAGCAACAACAUCAGGAGGCUGGCCGAGAAGCUUUAUGCGCCGGGGAUCUUCACCGUUGCGAUGGACAGCGUUGCCGACGCUGAAGCGAAGCAAGUUGCCAUCGAGACCCUGUCUCUGUCGCAGACCACCGAGGCUUCCCUGAGCCAAGGCUUACAGAGGCCCCCUUUCCCCCCCGCCCCGGUCGUGUCGGGUACCAAGGCCAUCACCAUGGCCGCUGCGGACGCGGGCUUCACAGGCAGCCUGGAGGCUGUGCCGGGCCUUGCCUCUGCUGCCGGCUUUGGGGAUGGGGGCCCAAACGAAGUGGACCCCGACAUCCGAGGUGGUGCAGUGGAGCACUCCAUGAGUGGACACGUUAGCAACUUCGUGCUGGAAGCAACGCUGGGUAAGUUCAUGCCGCAGAUGCCGCAGUCCCUGUGCUGCCAUGGGCCGCUGUGCACCUACGAGUGCAAGGUAACGUACGCAGCAUUUAUCUUUUUGGGCAUGAACUCGGCGACGGCGAUGGCUCUGCGACUUGUAACCCUCGUCGUGCUGAUGGCCGCGGCCCUCGGCCGGCGAGUGUCAGAAGAAGAUCAGCUGGCCAGCUUCGAGGACUCGGCAGAGUCUGCUCGGCGAGAGGCUGACCCGGAGGAAGAUGAUGACAGCCCUGCAGCGUUCAAGGGCCAUGAGCUCCAGGAUGAAGAGGCUGAGGCCAUCACGGUCCAGACAGAGAUCACGGAGAAGUGCUUCCUCGAAGAGACUUACCUGAAGUUCAAGCCCGUCUAUGAGGGUGUGAUGCUGAUGACCGUGCUCUCAAGACGCCUUCUCUGGGAGGACUUCGCCUCGAUUUUGUCGAAGUUUCGGCAGAACGUCGCCGACCACUUCCCUUCUUUGGCCCACCUGAACAGCGACAAGUCCUUCAUCACGACAGUCGGCCUGCACCUUCAGAACGUCUCGGAGCAGGUGGGCUUUACGGACGCGCAGCUGCUGAAAGCCGAGUAUGAAGACUUCCAGGAACUCGGCCUUGCCGGCUUGAAGCACCGCCAGCGGAGUGCCAAGCGGCAAAAGGCUCUCGAGCAAAUCGAGGGUGAUUUGUGCUUCGGCAUGCGGAAAUUCCUGGGUAAGGUCAAGGGCGUGGAGGAGGGAGGUGGAAUGGUUGGCGAUCCACACCACCUUUGGCACAUGUGGCAGGAAGCGAUGGGAGCCGUGCGCGUCAUUGUGAAGGUCACCACCCAGUGCCGGAUCGAAGUUCCGCCGGAGUACGACGCAAAAUCUUUCAUGACCAGGCAGCAUCAGGACCAGUGGAAGGUCUGCAAGGAUGGCAUCCCCUACAUGGAAGACGAGUUCCCUUCGGCGGUGAUGGCCUGCGCCCGCUCGGAUGAAGCGCACCCAAAGUUUGGCGGUCAAGAUCGGAACAGGGUGGUGCGCUACAUGGGGUGUGGCAAAAGUCGCGUUAAAGUGGAGCCACCUGUCAGCCGGGUAGUCACUGAGGGUUGUCUCAGCGUCGGCGACGAAGAUGAGAACGAGCUGACGGACUUCCUGAACCAAAUGUGCUCGGCACAGGGCAUCAGCGACCGUUCCUGCAGGCUGUACGGGCCCUUCUACGGGGUCUAUAGUCAUCUUGCAGAAGAUUUGUUCGGCUAUCACUCAGUGAAGGAGAAGGAGGAAUGCCUGGCCAUCUCGGCGGCCAACCUGGAGCGCGCGGCCGCGGAAGAAGAACAAGAAGCAGAAGCAGCGAGCCCAUCGAAGAGAGGCAAAAGUGGAAGGGGCUCCUUGCUGCAGGACGAGCAGGAGCAAGAGGAGGACGAGCAGGAGGAGUGCGCCGAUCCCCAGGCCAAGGCCUUCAUUGGACAGGCGAACCGCGCUAUGGCUGAGUAUAUCUAUGGACUGACGCCGCCUCUGACAUACUCGCGAUCCCGAGCGUGGUACGGGAAGGCCACGAAGCUUAAAGCGACAAGCUGGGACCCGAAGACAAUCGACUGGCCACUCCCGCAGGAACGACAGCUGGAUCCACCCCUGUCAGAGAUCCUGCGCGAGGCGGAAGCUGGAGAGGGCCUCAUGAUGAUUAGUUACGGCUACUCGGGUGCCGGCAAGACGACGACCCUGAUCGGUGAUGCCACCGCCCCGCUCGGCGGGGGCCGGGGCAUUGACGGCGUACUCUCAGUCUACCUCAAGGAGAACGCCCACAAGAUCGAGGACGUGAAGGUGAAAAUCUUCGAGGUCUAUGGCCGAGUGAGCACACAGACAGGCCACAUGAAGAAGAACACGGGAUCUGGAAUCUGGGCGUACAAGCUGAAAGAGAAGGUCGCGCAGUACCUGGGAACUGCCGAAGCCUUCAUGGUUUCCGAGCAAAACGAGGAUGAAGAUGAGUGGCAUGACCCUGAGGAAGAAGCGAACCGGCCGCCCCGCCAUGCGCCUUUGGACAUGAAGAAGUUGGAGGCACAGCUGGAUAAUGAGGACUACACGUACAGCGUCAAGGCCGAAAGCCCGGCUUCCAUGUCAGGCACGGUGGCCUGGCAGGACGAGGUCAAGAAACUCCUGACCGUCAUUGAGGACAUCCGCAUCGAAGAGGAUCAGUUCAAAGCUGGGGGUGAGCCGAUUGCACACAUCCGUGGCACUGUCAACAAUCCGAAGUCUUCCCGCGGGACGCUCUUCGUGCUCACCAACAUCCACUACAAGUCAGGCAAAGUGGCGCCCGUCUCGACGGUAGACCUUGCGGGCUCCGAGGAUCCUGCGGUUAUGGUGAGCGGCUUUCUCCGCUUUAUCAAUCGUCCAGGUCGACCUGAGUGUGAUCCCGAGAACGGCAAGACGCCAGCACAGCUCAUGGCCAAGUAUUUGGCCAACCUCAGCAGCUACGAGGAGAUGUCCGGAAGCCUUUCAUGGUGCUACGAGCUCAAGGACGUGCUCGAGGAAUGUGAUAAGACCAAUCCACAGAAAGGCUGCGUGGACGUGACACUCACGAGUGGUAAGACGGAGUUCCUGCGGCCCAACCUCAACAAGCCAGAGCUCUGGAGAAGAAAGGACGAGCGGGGCGUGGACCUUCCCGGAGGCUUGAGGUUCAUUUGGACUGAUCCUGAGCCGAAGAGGGGGCAGAAGGCAAAGGAAAAGGCGGUAUUCUAUUCCUACGAAGAGAUCUUUGAAAUGCAGAGCCAAGGAACUCCGCCGGGUCUCUCCGAUCACAGGAAGGAGACAAACCCUCUCGGGCCUGACUGGUACUGGGCGGAGCGCCUCUGGGGGCGCUGCCUCAUGGACAAGAAGACCGGAAAGUGCAGGAAGGACAGUCCCGGCGUGGUCGACCACAUCAUCCUUUGCGACAAACCCGGCAAAUCAUGCUUGUCAUCAAGCUCGUACUCGAAGAUUGGCAGCAAUCCGUCACCUUUGACAGAAGUACCGAGCAAGCUCACCGUCAUUCAGAAGAAUGACAAGAAAUUCGGGGAAUGGAAGGUUCAGGGCCGGACCAGCAAAAAUCCCGGCGCAGUGAUCCCGGAGGUCACCCACUGGAAGGAGACUCGGAAGUGGUUCUUCGAAUCUCUGAAAGGGGCCAUGGAUGAUUGGGCCGCAAGGAACGCAAACGAGGAGUUUGACCGACACUUGAGAUAUUUCACUUCGGCCAUCGGACCGGUCGUGGAGGAAGCCUUUUUCAUCAACGAGGCUCUCAACGACAUGAAAGGAUACUUGGGCAUCUGGGCCAAGGAGAGCCAGAUGCAGCCUGCGGGAACCGUGUUGGACAUCUGGCCGCCAAAGGAUCUGGAGGUGAAGGGCAAGAUCAAUCAGGUCGUCGACUACAGCCCAGGCAGCAAGAUCAGCGAGCAGGGCUACAGCAUCUACGACUUCAUCAAGCCCCGCGGGGAAGAAAAAGGCUACGCGCAGCAGCUUGCGCAUGGAGAGGACAAUAUCAUGCUCGUUGCCAUGCUCGAGUACAUUCGUGGACUCUCU